AUGGCUGUAUUCGUUAGAUAUGUGACUUCAGACGUAAUUGUAAAAGAAGAGUUACUAGAUUUAGUUGAGUUGAAAGACACAACUCGUGGAGUUGAUAUCAAGGAAGCCCUUGACAAAGCUCUGCUUAAAGCUAAUGUACCUAUCAACAAGCUUGUUAGUGUUGCUACAGAUGGUGCAUCAGCAAUGGCUGGAAAACAUUUAGGACUUAUAGGCUUAUUAAAAAGUGACCCUAAGUAUCCAGAAUUUAUCCCAAUUCAUUGUAUUGUAAAUUAUAUUCGAGCAAAUGCAAAAAAUCACAGACAGUUUAGAAACUUUAUAAAUGAAUUGGAUCUUGCUGACGAGCCAAGUGACGUGUCAUUUUUCUGUUCUGGAAAAGAAAAAAAUAUAUCUGAUCUUGCACAAACGAUAUUUAGUUUUCAAAAAAAAAUUAUUCUUUUUCAGAAAGAUCUUAGCUUGAAAAAAUUUAAUCAUUUUCCUCAAAUGAAGAAGAUGAUUACUUCUAAUCCUUCAAUUCAGUAUGAUGACGAUAAGAUUGAAUCAUACUUGGACAAACUAAAGGGUUUACAAAAAGACUUUCAAAAAAGGUUUAAAGAUUUGCAUGAACUAAAAUCUUCUUUAGGAUUUAUAGUAAAUCCUUUUUUAAUUAAUAUUAUUAGUAAUGGCUGUCCAAUGCCUGAAAAAAUGCUUGAAGAUAUAUCUCAAUUUGAAAUGGAACUACUAGAUCUCCAAGAAGAUCAAAAUCUACUUAUGCUGCAUAAAACAAUAACUUUUAUGGAAUUUUGGAAGAUAGUUCCCGAGGUUAAGUAUCCUCAACUUAAAAAGAUUGCCAUAAAAUUCAUUUCAAUUUUUGGUUCAACGUAUACAUGUGAAUCUUUAUUCUCUACUAUAAAAUUUGUCAAAUCAAAGUAUCGUGCAAAUCUAACCAACGAGCAUUUGUCUGAAUUACUUAGAACAGCCACUACAAGUUUGAAACCAGAUUUUAAGAAACUUACCAGUAAAGUUAUGAGUAUUAGUUUGAUCAAAUUAAAAUCUCGAUACUUAUGCGGAUUAUUUGAAAUUUCUGCAUCAAGCUUAGCCUUGAAACUGUUAACUGAUGAAGCGCAUACAACUUCUGACGGCAAUGCAUGCCAAUGA